UCAGAGUCUCGUCAUUACGUCAGCGCUCCAGCGGCUCUCCCUCUAAUAACACACAUCACUGAAGUUGCCUUUUUCUACCCCACCGACAUGGCUACAACAACCCCGACCAAAGACACAGAGAGGCACUGCGUCCUGUGCUGCCAGGAGGUCGACAUCUUCGCGUUGGGGAAAUGCGACCACCCGGUGUGCUACCGCUGCUCCACCAAAAUGAGGGUGUUGUGCGACCAGAAGUACUGCGCCGUCUGCCGGGAGGAGCUCGACAAGGUGGUGUUUGUGAAAAACCGGGAGGCCUUCUCGUCUCUGCCCUACCAGCAGUUCCCCUGUGAGAAGAAGCAUGAUAUCUAUUUCAGUAACGAGAAGAUCUACGCCAAGUACAGGCAUCUGCUGUUGCCAGAGUGCCUCUGCUGUCCAGAACCAAAGGUCUUCUCCAAGUUUGAGGAGCUGGAGUAUCACAUGAGGAAGCAGCACGAGCUCUUCUGUUGCAAGCUCUGCACAAAGCAUCUCAAGAUCUUCUCCCACGAGCGUAAAUGGUACAACCGUAAGGAACUGGCACGCCACCGAGCACACGGAGACCCAGACGACACCAGUCACAGAGGGCACCCGCUCUGCAAGUUCUGCGAUGACCGUUACCUUGACAACGAUGAGCUGCUCAAGCACUUGCGCAGGGACCACUACUUCUGUCAUUUCUGUGACGCAGACGGUUCCCAGGAAUAUUACAGUGAUUACCCGUACCUGAGCGAGCACUUCAGAGAGAGUCACUAUCUGUGUGAGGAGGGCCGCUGUGCCACAGAACAGUUCACCCAUGCAUUCCGCUCUGAGAUCGACUACAAGGCCCACAAGGCUGCAGAACACAGCAAGAACCGGGCCGAGGCUCGACAGAACCGCCACAUCGACCUUCAGUUCAACUACACCUCGAGACAACCGAGAAGAAAUGAAAGUAUGUUGACAGGUGAGGACUACGAGGAGAUGCGUCAGGCACGAGGAGGAAGAGGAAGACCUCAUGGGGGACAGAAGAGCUGGAGGUACUCCCGAGAGGAGGAGGACAGGGAUAUGGCAGCUGCUAUGAGGGCAUCCAUGGCAAACCGUAGACAGGAGGCGAGAGGACCGAUGCAUGAGAGAGGACCGAUGCAUGAGAGAGGGCCGAUGCAUGAGAGAGGACCCAUGCAUGAGAGAGGACCCGUGCAUGAGAGAGGACCCGUGCAUGAGAGAGGACCCGUGCAUGAGAGAGGCACGAUGCAGGAGAGAGGACCGAUGCAGGAGAGAGGACCCGUGCAUGACAGAGGACCCGUGCAUGACAGAGGACCCGUGCAUGAGAGAGGACCGGUGCAUGACAGAGGACCGGUGCAGGAGAGGAGCGCUCCCAAAUACUUAAGAGAGGAGAGGACCGAGAGAGCAGAACCAGAAGAGCCCAAACACAGGACCGGGACCGGACACAUCAAACCAAUAAGCAAACCUCCAGUAAGAACAAUGAAGAGCUCUAAUCCAGGGGAUGGAGAAGAUGACUUCCCAGCUUUAGGAGCCACAGCCGCCCCAACCAUUGUAAUGUCAGCUCCUGUUACGGUUACAGCAGUCCAUGCAGCUUUGAAGGAAGACGACUUCCCCAGCCUCUCCGCUGUCGCUGUUUCCUCCCCUAUGACCCCGGCUUACUCUGCCCAACCCAAGAAGUCUUCUUCGUUCCAAGAGGAGGAUUUCCCCGCGCUCGUGUCCAAAAUCCGGCCCCUAAAAAACGCAGCUCGCACCAACUCUGCUUGGUCCAACCAUACCGCUGUAGCUAAACCCCAAACUCACCCUCCUCCAUCCUCCAGACCUUCCCCUCCUCUCCCGUCUGCCCCCUCUGGCCCUCAGCUCCUCACCUCCUCCAACUCUUCGCUAAAGAAAAAGAAGUUAAGGGAGAACGAAAAAGCAAAAUCUACCCGCUGUCCUACUCCGUCUGAUGAUGACGAUAAAGGAGGAUUGACGCAGAAGGAGUUCCGCUCAGUUCCCACCAUGUUGGAUAUCUCCUCUCUGCUCACCGUCAAAGGAGGCAACAGCAAACCCUCCACUGUGACCUCAAACCCUCCAAACCCGAUCCCCAACCCUGAACCUCCUACCUCUAAAGCCAGCAAGAAGAAAAAACAGCAGAAGAGCACGGCCGCUCCCUCGACGACGGUGUCUUCAACGUCGGGGACGACACAAACUGUAAAUACAAACUCAGUGGAAACGGCAGCACAAAAGGAGAACGUCCCUGAGAAGAGUUGGAACAAACCCCCCUCCAGUGCCGUGACGGCUGCUCCGAUGAGUGGAUUGGCUAAUGGACACCCUGAAAAGUCACCACCCAUCAGUAAGGCGUCAGUAGUGAAAACCCCUCAUCCCAAGGCUGACCCCCCUCUUGAACAGGAGGAGGAUUUCCCUGCUCUCAUGACCAAGAACCCACCACCAGGCUUCAAGUCCUCUUUCCCGCUGAAGGCCUCAGCUCCGGCCCCGUCCUCCGUCAUGCCCCCACCUCCACCCGGCCUGGGGAUCUCAGCCACUAAACCUCCGCCAGGAUUCACUGGGAUCCCCCUCAACAGCAACGUGGUGGAGCCAGCUCCGUCUGCAGUCAACCCGCCCCCCAAGGUGUCCAGCAGUGGUUACCUGGUGCCGGAAGACUUCAAUCAGAGGAACCUGGAGCUGAUCCAGUCCAUCAGAAUGUACCUCCGCAACGAUGAGUCCAAGUUCAACCUGUUCAAAAACUACUCUGCACAGUUCAGACAGAGUGUGAUAUCAGCAGUCCAGUACCACAGCAGCUGCAAGGACCUGCUCGGAGAAGACUUCAACCGCAUCUUCAACGAGCUGCUGGUGCUCUUACCCGACACCGGCAAGCAGCAGGAGCUCCUGUCCGCCCACGGAGACUGCAAGGCGCUGGAGAAGCAGUCGGGCGCUGGAGGCGGAAAGAAGAACAAGAACAAGAAGAACGUCUGGCAGAUUCCCACCACGAUGGCCAACGCAGCCGCUGAGCUGGACUGCCAGGUGUGCCCCACUUGCAGACAGGUACUCGCCCCUAAAGACUUCAACUCCCACAAGACCCUGCACGUCAGAGACACCGAGGAGUUCCCUUCCUUGCAGUCAAUUAGCCGUAUCAUCAGCUAACCCCUUUGUUUUUCUUCUGCUCUGAAUACCAUCGUGGGGUGAUUUUCGAGUUGCCCCUUCAGCAGCCAGUGUGGGGAUCAGCAGCCACGUCCCAGUGGAGUUUGGGGCUUGUAGCUCAUAACGCAGGGGAAUUUAAAAAAAAAAAAGAUGGUGUACGGUGUUUUUACUUUCUAUGGGAUCAUGUUGAAAGGUUUGUGUGAAUGGAUACACAGUUAAAACACACGGAGCUGAUACAUCUCAACUCUUAUUUCUUGCAUCCUUUGAGGACGUCUCCAGCUGGCACUGGCUCUGGCAACGUCCAACUAGACCUGUCGAUUUAUUUAAUGAAAGAGGAGAGACGAGCUGAGGCUUUUACUUGAAUGCUUUGCUCUCUAAAAACAAAAAUUGUAUGGAUUUACAUUUUUUACCUCGCUUUGUGUUUUCACUCAAAUACAAUGAUGUAUUUUGUUAACAUCGAAGCUGAUGAAGUAUGUAUGAUUUCCCCAGCCGGGUUUGCUUGCUCAAAUAACAAAAAAAAUAAACACAAACAUGAUCGGUUCAACUAUUUAGCAGCAUAUUUAUUUAAGUGUAGCUGUUUAAUUGCCUUUAAUUGUCCCGUCGCUUCAUGCAGAGGAAGGUCUGUUGAGUGUUGGAGUGAAUGGAUUGUUCCUGUUGUGUCGGAGGAUGAGUGACAGGAAGUUAGCUGCUUCAGGAGUUAGAACAAAUUUUGGAUCACAGUUGGAAUCUUCUUUUUUUUUAUGUACGUUAUUUUCCUUUAUUCUGUUUAAAUCACUUACUUAUGUGGUUUAUUGGCUGAUUGGUGGACUUGUUAUUCAAUGACGUUGCACAAGUUUUCAAAUGGAAACUACAUGGAACUAAACGAUGAACGAGGGUCCUUGCAUGUUUUCACAGUUAUGUUCAAAUAACAUUUCUACUUUUAAAGGAUCAGUGAGACAUUAACCACUGAGGUUACAAGAAGCUAUUUCUAUUUAAGUCUCUUUUUUUUUAAAGUCUACAUGUUGUUAUAAUGAUUUAUCAUGAAGAAGUUUCUAGAGCUGUCAUAACGCUUUCAACACAAUCUGCUCUGCCUCCGUUUGAAUUCCAGCUUUGACACACUGGGAGCUGGUUACAUCCAGUACACAAUCUGUUCAUCUUCUCUCUCAGGACCCUUUCGCCUGCACCGCUGCGUGUGUGCGUGUGUGUGUGUGUGUGUGUGUGUGUGUGUGUGUGUGUGUGUGUGUGUGUGCGUGUGUGUCUGUGUGUCUGAAUGAGUGUGUGUGUAUAGAGUUUGUCUGAACAUCACACAGCAGCUCACUCUAUUUUCUGUCUGGCUCCAAUAAAGCUGUU